CCGCUUUGGGAAGCCCCUCCGGGAUAACCUGCCCCGGCUGUUCUCGGGCUUUGCACUGUUCCAGACGACUCUGCCGGUCCCCUAGCGAGUUGCUCAAAAAGUUCCUCGUUAAAAAAAAAAGUUUGAUCCAAUUUCUCUGGAUCAUCCGAUCCCCCAUCGUUCUCUGAAAUAAUAGACGUUGCACUUGCAAUUCUACGCCUUAUAAUAUACUCAGAAGCAAGCUGUACAGGCGGUCCUCAAUUUACGACCACAAUUGAAGCCAACAUUUAUGUUGCCAAGUGAGAAAUUUGUUCAGAAGAAGUUUUGGUAUUCUAGUCCUACACUUGGAUCUGAAGUGCUGUACAAAUCAUCCAGCUUGACAGAUGUUUUAAAGCUACGACCUCCAAAGAUUAGGAAACAAGAUAGCAUUCGUAAGAAAACUUUGGACAUUCUGUUUUUUCAAGCUGUGCGGGAUCUACUGAGCACCCCUCUAGCUGGCCAAGAACUUUAUGAUCUCAAUGUGGAAGUGUUUAAGGCUUCCCUCACGUCAGAUUUUGCAGUAUGUCGCAUAUAUUGGAAGAGUUCCGGCAAUGCGGAAAAGGAUGAAUGUAUUCAGCAAGCCCUACAGAGAAAAGCAUCCUAUAUUAGACAUCUUCUGGUAUCGUAUCGUAUCCGGGUAAAUGUUCCUUCAAUAACAUUUGUUAGGGACAGAGAAGAGGAGGCUAUAAGAGAGGUUGAGAAAUUAUUGGCAAUUGCUGACAUGGGGCCUGAAGAAGAAGAAAAUGAAUUAAUUCAGAAUGAUUUCAGUGAGGAAAAAUCCAUCGUGGCUGAUACCCAUGGGGAGCCCUCCAUCCACACAAAUCUAUUUGGAAUUGAUCAUAAAGCAUUAAAUAAGCAAAUAAUGGAUUACAAAAAAAUGAAAAAGAAGGCGGUACUGGAAGGGACUUCGGUACUAGAGACACAGUUGGCUGAGAUACGGCAACAUCAAAAGAAAAUGAGGAGGAAGAAAGCUAGGAAAACUUACAAUGAUGACCUUAAUCCUGAGGCGUAUUUGAUGGAGAAAUACAGUAAAGAUUAUUGGGACAGUGAAGUUUCAUAUUCAGAGAAUGAGGAACUAGAGUACCAGCCAAAGGAAGAUGGCAGUGAAUUAGAAAAAGAAAAGUAGAACUCUCAACUUUAAAUGAAUUUUAUAAAACUAUGGAUCUGUUUGAACAACCCCAUUAUAAAACAUUCAAUCGUCGUCUUGUUGAAUGGAGCAUAUAUUUCAGCUGAAGUUUCCCUCAUUUCUCCCCUCCUUUAUGAUUCAUUUCCCCUUUUCCUUAUUUAUAUAACUAUAGUUUGCUGUUAUAUCCCACUCUGCCAGCCUUUGAUUAGUUUUAUUAAAAUUGACUUGUUAACCUGCUGUAA